UGAGGAUCGAUCUAAAAUUGUUUCACUGAUCCUCAGUUUUAGUACUUUGAGGCGAAUGGUUGUUGGAGACGUGGAGGGCGAUUCUCACUUCCUCGGAAGAGUCUAUCUCAAGUCCUCACAAAGUUAGAUCAUACUCGUUUGAAUAAUCGAUUACUGUAUUUUUUUACUAUUGCGCAUAAGAAAUCACUUUAAAUUGGUUAGGUUAAAUCAUCGGAAGAAUCAUGGAUCGAUUGGUCAAGUACUAUCAAGUUUCUAAUAACAAGUUAACUAUCAAAUUGCCGCUUGAAGCGAGACACAACAUUGGUUGUGCGACCACUCAAGCAUGGGCAGAGGAAAAGGCCAUGGUGGUCGAUGGAUGUAGUCCAAUGGAUGACCAUCCACCCCCCAAGUCUCUCCUUUAUGGGAGGUCUUGGGUUCAAUUCCCAUCAAGGGGAGAGGCAGGUCUUUCUCUCAAUUAUUCUUCCUACCUUCACGAAGUUGCUCAGCGAUUGAGAAGGGAUGGGAUGGUAAUGAAGGUAGCGGAUUCGUGUGGUGGGAGGAACAGCCUGAAAGGUGAUGUAAGUCCUGCUGGAUUCGUCCUUUGGAGCCAGUACUGAUGAGGCUGACUGUGAUUAGAUCGUAUUUAACUGUCUAGGGGCUUUGGAGAGUAGUUCAUAGACUUGAGGAUUAUGAGAGCGUAAGCACUGACACCUGGAUUAUAAAAAAAGAGAAGGACAUGCUAACCUGCUGGCAGAGGUGGAGAUAGGGGAGGCUGGCGGGGUCCUUGACCCCUACAAGAAAAAAUUGUGAUGUAUAUAUAUACAUAUGUAUAAAUAUUUAUAAUUAGUAACAAAAUAUAGUGAAAAUUUAAGUUUUAAUUUGACCCCAAUUAUACAAAUUCUUAAGCACUGACCUCCUUAACCUGUCAUUCCUGACUCCGCUACCACCUGCUAGGCCUCACCCCACCUCAAUUCUUAGAAGGUCCUUUAUUAUUAGUGUAAAAAAUUUAGAUAAAAAUAUCAAAAUAAUUCUUUGUACUCACCUAGCCAAUAUCUGUGUUUGGCUACCCCACUACACUAAGCUAACCUUGAGGGCUAGAAGAUCAUCAUUUAAGAAAAAAAUCUAAAAAUUUUCUUGUUUAUGACUCCAACACUAGACCUCCCAUAUGGGGAGGAUUUUAAGUGUAUUAUAUGGUCUGCUUGGAUCACUCCCAUUUGUCAGGGAACCGACUGUCAAUAAUGAGACAAAAAUCAACAAUAAUGAGACAGAAAUGAAUAUAAUUGAUACUAUAGCAAAAUUAUUUUUCCAUUUAUGAUUCCAGUUCUUCCUUUAUUUUAUUGAGAAGUCCAUGUAUGGUGUAUAUCCCUAAUCCCUCCCUCAUUUUCUUGAAUAGUUGAAUUGUCCUAAUAUCAUCUUUAUAGUUCAUACGUUAAAUUAGACAAGAAGUCAAGAACCAAUAAUGUUGCUGUAUUUAAGCUUGCGGUUCAGUUUCCUAAAUUAGACAAAAACCACUAAAUUGUAAUUUCGCCAUACGAUAUUACAAUUUGCGCCCUCUGACUAGUUAUAUGGGCGAACCCGGUUUUAUUUCGGUCCGGUUCUAGUCUCAGACUAGUCAGGCAUAGGUUGGGCGGGUGAAUCGAGACCGGUACACGGUUCGUUUGGUUUCGGGUCGAUUCCAAUUGACUGGUGGGUCAAUCUCGGGUUGGCUACAGGUCCAUUUUUUUAAGUUUAUAUUUUGAAUGUAAAUAUUUACGCAUUAUAUUCUAAUGAAUCUAUGUAUUGGAUAUGAAUAGAUCGAAUUUGAACAACAAAUAUUCAAGAAAUUAUACUAAAUAGGACUAAAACAUGGUGAAAACUCCAAAAUGGGACUUCAAGUUUUAAUUUACCUAAAUGGGACUCCAGAUUACAUUUUUACCCCUAAUCCCUAAAUCACCUUUUCCCCAAUCCCUCUACAUCGAUCACACCUCUGCUUCGAUCGCACCUGCGAUUGCAAUGAAGCAGUUGCCUGCGAUUACAUCGAUUGCGACUCAGCUGCCAUGGACGCAACCCAACCGCCAUCAUCGCAGCUGUAAUUUCUUCCCCAACUGCCAUGGAUGCAGCUCAGCCGCCAUCAUCACAGCCGUAAUAUCUUCCCCAAGUAUUCUUCCUCCUCCGCAACUUCUUCUUUUUCUUCUUCUCCUCCUUCUCCUUCUCCUUCUCCUUCUUCUUCUUUUUCCCCUCUGUUUUGUUCUUCUUUUAAAUUUCAAAUUAUUUUAGACACUGUAAUUCAAAAAUGUCAUCUUUACUCGAAAAUGACAUGUUUUAAUAACUGUAAAUGUCAUCUUUCUAUUCCAAAAUGCCAACAUUAUUUUAACAUCAGACUACACAAGAUUUCAUUUUUCAAAAAUUGACAUGUUUUAACAAUGCCACUUAAUAUGCAUAAUAACAAAAUAAUGACAAUUUUGUAUAGAAACGUGGCAUUCUCAAUAUGUCAUUUUCAAAUAUUGUAAUGACAUAAAAGUGUAUUUUUGUAAAAAUACCCAAUAGUUAUGACAUUCUCUUAUUCAAAAGUGUCAUUUUCUGUAAUUGAUAACAAGAAAUUCAAGUUCAGGUAUAUCUUCAUUUGAAACUUUCAAAAAUCAAAAUUUUAUUUAAAAUCUUACUGAUAAAAAAUUUAAAAAAAAAAGCAGAGAACUAGGAAGAAAAAG